AUGGUAAUUUGUUUAUUUAGUCUUCUUAAGCUUAAAUUUAUUAUAGCAGUUUCUAAAACAAUAUAGUUUUAAACGGAGGAGGGGUUUACUUUAAGCCUCUUCAACAAUCUUAGUAAAAAAAUUAUCAUUUAGAAGUUGAAUAGACCAAUUUCACUCAAAACAUAGCUUAUAAUAAUGGAGGUGGAUUAUAUAUAGAAGAGAGCUCUGCUUUAAUUUAAAACUGCUCAUUUUCUAAUAAUAAAGCCUAUUUAUAUGGUGGAGCAUUAUUACAUAAUAUUUCUAAUAAUUAAAUAGCUUAAUAAUUAUUUAAUAACCAAGUGGUUUUAUUAAAGAACCAUAUUUUUCAAAACUAAGCAAGUAUAGCAGGAGCAUACUAUUCAGUUUAAGGCAUAUUUCCUCAAUACUUUUACACUAAUAACACUCUCAAUUAAAAUUAAGCCAACAUAUUUGGAAAAGAUCUAGUAGGAUAUGGAGCAGGUAUCUAAAUAAUUAUUAAUCAUAUAAAAGUAGAUUACUAGAAUUUUAUUUAUUCUCACACAACUGGUAAAUUUCAGGACUCUGUAAUUGUAGAAGUAAUCAAUCAAAAUGGAGAGGUUUUUAAUGAUUAAUUGA